CUCAUUGAUCUGCGGAUGGGGAAAGGUGUCGGAACCGGAAUGGGGAUAAACGUGAAUGCGAUAGCGCCUCGAAUUAAUUUACUCUCAUCUGAUAUAUCCUUGACCUUCAAUUGUUGAAAGCAUUGUCAAGUAUCAUAGUUCUCAGUUCUAAAUACGACUCGUACAUUAACCAUAGUAGAUCAGUGUCAAAAUGGCGGACGAAGUGAAGAAGUUGAAGAUAUGCAUCAUCGGCGCCGGCAUGGGCGGGCUGGCUUGCGCCCUAGCAUUGGCCAAGAAGGGAUUCCAGGAUAUUGAAGUGUUUGAGACAGCCUCAAACCUCGGUUUUGUUGGCGCCGGUAUCCAACUCGCUCCUAAUAUGGUGCGAAUUCUCGAUAGGCUUGGUGUCUGGGGGGAAGUGGAGAAAGAAGCUGUUAUUCUCAAGGAAACAAGCAUUAGGCAGGGCGCAACUGACACCGAGUUGGGACAUGUGUCACUGGACCAUGUCUACAAGACUUACGGCUAUUACCACUCGGUCGGCCACAGAGCUUCCUUAGCAGGUGCUCUGUAUAACGGCUGCAAGCGCGAAGAAAGCAUCAAAUUCCACUUUUCCACAGUCAUGGGAGGGGUGACAUCUUUCUCUCCAAAGCCAACCUUCACAGCUAUACCACGAGACGGAGAGCCUUACACAGUCGAGGCCGACAUCCUCCUAUCCUCCGACGGAGUCAAGAGCACAACCCGAGUCGAAAUGCUCAAACAGAUCGGAGCCACCGCAGAGAUCAUAGACACAAAGCAAGCCGCCUACCGCAUCAUGCUGACGCGCGACCAAAUGAAACACGACCCCGAGCUCCUGGCCCUCAUCGACGGCCAGCGCGCCACCCGCUGGGUCGGCGAAAAGAGGCACAUCAUCGCAUACCCCGUCUCCGGGAACAACAUCUACAACCUCUCCACCACACAGCCUGAUACCAACUUUGCUGCCGCCCCCUCCGAGACCUACACCACCAAGGGCUCGAAAUCAGCUAUGCUCGGCGUCUUCUCAGACUUCUGCCCGCUCAUCCAGCGCAUGCUGAAUCUCGUCCCCGAAGGCGAGGUUUGCGAGUGGAAACUCCGCGUGCACUCCCCACUUCCGACCUGGGUCCAUGGCUCCGUUGGCCUGGUAGGCGACGCGUGCCACCCGACGCUACCACAUAUGAACCAGGGUGCUGCGCAGGCGAUCGAAGAUGCGGGCGUACUGGGGGAGGUGCUGGCUCUGCUGCCAGAUGGGAGUCCGAAGAGCAUCAACAAUGCGUUGAGAGUGUACGAGGGGGUGCGAAAGGAGCGGGCGGAAAUGCUGGUUGAGCUUGCGGCGGCAUCAGGGCGGGCAAUGCAUUUGGGAGAAGGGAAGGCGAAGGAGGAGCGUGAUAGGGCGUUUAAGGAGGGGAAGGCGGUGCCGGAUAAGUGGGCGGAUGCGCAGGUGCAGAAGACGAUUUAUGGAUUUGAUUGUAUGGAGGUAGCCAAAGAGGCGUUUAAGGAGGAGUUUGGGAAGAUGUAAGAGCGAUCGUGUUUAGUUGCCAAUAUACAAAGCAU